GGUCGUCCUGAACCUAACCAAAAAGGCACAAAUUAUGUCCGCUGACAAGGCGUUCACUGUCAAAUUCAAGUAAACAGAUAUUUUAUUUUAUUUUCGCUUUGCAGCAGGUACAAUGUAAACGAUAUUUUGUUAUAUAAAAUGGCUCAAGGAGUUUUGAGUUCAGAUAUCUCCAGGAGAAAUCCCCAGGACGAUUACGAGCUGAUCCAAAGAAUUGGGAGUGGAACUUAUGGGGACGUUUAUAAGGCCAAAAGAUUAUCCACAAAUGACCUGGCUGCAAUUAAGGUUAUUAAAUUGGAAGCUGGAGAUGACUUUGGAAUCAUACAGCAGGAAAUACUUAUGAUGAAGGAUUGUAGACACCCCAAUAUAAUUGCAUACUAUGGAAGUUACCUGAGAAGAGAUAAACUAUGGAUAUGUAUGGAAUAUUGCGGUGGAGGAUCCUUACAAGAUAUUUAUCACAUUACGGGACCUCUCGCCGAGUACCAAAUUGCUUACAUGUGCCGGGAAACAUUAUUGGGCUUGUCUUAUUUGCAUGGAAUGGGAAAAAUGCAUAGGGACAUUAAGGGAGCCAAUAUAUUGCUAACGGAGAGCGGAGACGUAAAACUAGCGGACUUUGGAGUGUCUGCUCAGAUCACUGCGACGAUAAAUAAGAGAAAAUCUUUCAUUGGUACCCCUUAUUGGAUGGCGCCCGAGGUGGCUGCUGUUGAGAGAAAAGGCGGAUACAAUCAGUUGUGCGAUAUUUGGGCCAUAGGAAUCACGGCAAUUGAGUUAGCAGAAUUGCAACCGCCAAUGUUUGACUUGCAUCCAAUGAGGGCGUUAUUUCUAAUGUCGAAAAGCGGUUUUAAACCACCAACUCUUAAGGAUAAGGAAAAAUGGAGUCCGACGUUUCACAACUUUGUCAAAGUAGCCUUAACGAAAAAUCCGAAAAAACGACCUACUGCAGAAAAGUUGCUUCAGCAUGCGUUUUUUCAAGGAGAUAUGAGUAGAAGACUGGCCAUAGAAUUAUUGCAGAAAGUGAACAAUCCUUCUCAUAUGUUUGCAGAUGCAGAACCCGAUGAAGAUGGGGCUGUGCCGAAUGUGCCCCAGCGAAUCGCAUCCCGACUGACUUCAAGACCAAAGCAAUCCAAUUCACAGAUUGUAGAUGUGAACAGUAUCGAUGAAGCGAAUAAUACUCUUCCCCGAUUCGAGGAAAGUAGUGAGGUAGUUGAGGACCAAAAUGCUCCGUGGAAUUUAACAGAUAUAAUGAAUAACGUUACCAGCGUUCAUAAUUGUGUGGAACAUCAAAACAAAAAAUGGGGUAUUGGGACUGCCUUCGACUCGCUUAGCCGUGAAAAUACUGAAAGAAAAACUUUAACCGGGUCGCAAAUUUUGAGAAUGUCUCUGAGGAGUCUCUUGCAGUACAUAGAUGAGGAAUUAAUGAUGAGGGGCACCUUCAAAUAUGGACACACGGACUACGAACAACAAGCUACAUUGCCAGUAAAAGACUCCGAAACAAAAUGUGAUAUUCAUGCAGUGACUAGUCCGGUGGACGACUUGGCUUUGAAUGGUUCACCUCGAAGACAUUCUUCUGUGGAUGAAAUCUUCGGAUUAGUCAAUUCCAUGAACAUCAAUGGCCAGCGCCAAAGAUCACUUAGCGAUAGUUCUAGAGCGGAAAGGGCCAGUAAUAACGGUUCGGAUUCCAAACAGAGUCUUAAUCACGAUUCGAGUGCGCCAGAUUUAGUGGCUUGUCCUCCGGUGCCCCCAAGAAAGCAUCGAAGAAGACACACGCCCCCACGGCCACCGAGUAAUGGACUCCCGCCAACCCCCAAAGUGCAUAUGGGCGCAUGUUUUUCAAAGGUUUUUAAUGGUUGUCCUUUGCGAAUUCAUUGCACGGCUUCAUGGAUUAAUCCGGACACUAGGGAUCAGCAUAUACUGAUUGGUGCCGAAGAGGGAAUUUACAAUCUGAAUUUAAACGAACUACAUGAAACGUGUAUAGAUCAGUUGUAUAAUCGGCGCACAGUGUGGAUGUACGUGAUCAAGGAUGUGCUCAUGACGCUCUCGGGAAGCAAAUCGCCGCAAUUAUACAGGCACGAUCUCAUCGCAUUACAAAGUAAGCAAUCGCACAGGUUCAGCCUUCACAUGAACCGGAUACCUGAAAAGCUAGUCCCUAGAAAGUUCGCUUUGACUACCCGAGUGCCUGACACGAGAGGCACUUUGAAGUGUUGCGUAGCCAGAAAUUCUUACAACGGCUACAAGUAUCUUUGCGGUGCUACUGCUACUGGGAUUUACUUGAUGCAGUGGUAUGAUCCGUUGAACAAGUUUAUGCUCUUAAAGCAUGUUGAAUCCGUAUUGCCAAAUCCGCUCAAUGUUUUUGAGAUGAUCAUCACUCCGGAGCUUGAGUAUCCAACGGUGUGCGUUUCCAUUAAACAAGCAUACCAACCCAAUCGGUUUAAGCUGGACUUAAUCAAUUUGAAUUCGGUUCUAGGUAAAUGCUAUGCGACUGGAAUAUCGAAUUGCACUCUUGAUGCCCCAAAAUGGUGCGGCUAUAUGAAAAACCCGUUCUGGGCCAGUUGGUUCCAUUCGGACGAACUUCAAGACAUGGACGGGACAGCAACGGUGAUACCCAGAAGGGAAAAUUUAAAUAUAGUCAACGUAACCCAGCUGGACAAGGACGUGAUUCUGGUCUGUUACGAUAAUAUUAUUAGAUUGGUAACGCCUCAGGGGAAAAUCAAAGUUAGCAAGAAACAAAUAUCGGAGCUCAGCUUCGAUUUUAUAAUCGAGAGCAUAUUGUGUCUUCCCGAUAGUGUUCUCGCAUUCCACAAGCAUGGAGUGCAGGGCCGCUCGUUGCGAAAUGGCGAAAUUACACAAGAAAUUUGCGAUGCUUCUAGGACUUACAAAUUAUUGGGCUCGGAUAAGGUGGUGAUGUUGGAAAGCAACUUACUAAGAACGGGAACAUUGACUAAUGAGGAAGGUCACGAUUUAUACAUUUUGGCUGGACACGAAGCUAGUUACUAAAAUAAUCAUGUCAGUGCUCACCUUCGCUUCGCUUUAGUCAAAAACUAGGCUAAUGAAAUUAAAAUAACUUCUUAGAAUAGAAUUUUUCUUAGAUCGAAAUUAAAGAGUUGAAACUCUAGCGACGGUUUUUAGAUGUUUUCGAAAACUAUAUACAUCUCAUUACAUAAGUACCUUCAGUAAAGACAUGUUUAAUCUCGACAAGGUGUAAAAAGCAUGGUAUUUUUAGAUACUGAAAUUGUAAAGGUUUUACGAUAUAGAAAUUUGAUAUAUUUUCGUGAUUGAUGACUACUAAAUUCUAUUUUAAAGGUAGAUGAGAUAUACCUGAAACGUAUUUUACAAAUAGGCACUAAGGUUGUGCUACCGGGAUCACGUGCGUUUUUCGUUAUCCUUCUGUUCGAGACUGAUCUAAGUUCGUCGUUUCAUUGUUUGCUAGUCAUAUUCGUGUUGUUAGUUCAAAGCUUGAUUCCGAAGUUAAGUCAACUAACAACUUUUUGCUCCAUGUACUAGAAAGCUUUGAUCUAAUAAAAUCUAUUGUUAAGAACUAGAGUUAUUUGUGUUUAAAGUUCAAGUACAGGAGCUUUUCCACUUUCUUUCAAAACCUAACUAGAUUCUGAAAGUUUAAACGAUGUCUAAUUAGCAGUGAAUUUUGCAGUCCAUUUACUGAUUACAAAACAAACUAACCCUGUACUUGACCUUUUCUAGUAUUUCACAAUAUCCCAAAUCAAUUGUCCCAUAUGUGCAUGACAUUGUACAUAACUACUUAAAAGACGAAAAUCUGAUAUAAACUAUUGUCAUAAAGCAAAGCUGGUAAAAACAUCUCCUCCGUAAAUGAACAUUGAAUCAAAAAUACUGGACAAUAUAGUUAUCGUAGUUUAUUCAAGAUUUUCGUGAAUAUUGUAUAUAGUGUGAUAUGUAGAUAAUUUAGGUGGUUAUUUAUCAUUUUAAAUUAUCCAUGAGAGAUUAGGUGUUAAUGUUACGACUAAUUAAUGAAUUAAUUUUAAACCAAAAAUUUGCAAAAAUGACAUCGUUGCGUUCCAAUAUCCAUAACAAAAAUGUUUUCCUCUAGCAAGCUUCUAUUCUGUAAUGAUCGUAUCGCCGAAUCAAAUUUAACUAGUUUGCAUUUUUAUCUGUCGAAGUUUUUAUAAUUGUAACGUUUCUUUAUUCCUAAGCUGUCCAGAUCGUUCAGAAUAUGCUGAAAAUAUAAAAAAAAAACGUUCUUUGAAGCUUUUACGUAAUGGUAUCAAUAAUUGUGUCGUGUCCAUGAACUUCGGUUCUUUAUUUUUAGCGUGAAUCUAAUCUAAUUAAUUUAGACAUUGUAUUGAUCAUGUUCAUGUUAUUGCCAUUUCUUAUAUACUCAUGUUCAAAUGUUUGUUCUCACCGGAACAGAAACAUUGCAUUUUUUGUACACGUCGAGGAAAUUACAUUACUUUCUAUGUGUUCAUAUUGAUAUCGCGAUUGUUUUUGGAUACAGAGUAUUAUUGGAUAUUAUCGCACACUUAGUGAGAUUCGUAAGCAAUGAACGAUUUUUAUAGUAUUUCUCAUUAUCAUCUAAUACAACGUGUGCAUUGACAAAAUAUAAAACCAUUGCCAGAGCUUUGCAAAUUUUGAUUUGGAAAUCUUUCCAUUUUUCUUAAGUAAAAUCCUUCAUAGCAAUUUUUCCAUAUUUCGUAAGUAAAAUGGCAUUUUAAUCUCUUUCGAUUUUCGUGGAAGAGAUGUGUGAAAUACUCUGAGAUCAGCGACAGUACCCGAAGUAGGCAACGUCUUGAAGUUAGAAUUUUUUUUUUACUUCAAACCGUUGCUCAUCAACGCAUUACAAUAAUCUACAGCACAUCCGGCUGUGUUUACUUUUAAUUAUCUCGUAAUAUAAUUAAUUCGUUUCCUAUGUAAAUACUGUAUAAUGAAAAGUAACAUGUCGAACAUACCAAAAAUAAUAUUAAUACUUUUAAGUUAGAUUACAGGCAGUUUUUUACUAGUAGUACAUUAACCCCGCACGUUCAUCAUUAGUUUUAUAAGUAUUUAUGAGACAAAUACAAUAAUCCGUUCUUGAAACUAUCACAGUUAUACAUGUUAUUUUAUUUACCAAAAUAAAAACAUAUUUUAAUUGUU